AUGAAUGAUUUAUGUGUUGACACUUUGGAUCAAAUCUUUUCAUUUACAGAGGAAUUACGACGCGAGGAUGGGGAGGAGGAGAUUGAGGAGAAGGAUGAGUACGAGGAGGGUGGCGAAAGUGAUGAUGCGGAGGAGGAUGAAGGGGAUUCGGAGGAUGGGGAGGACAAGGAUGAUGAUGCUGAGGAUGUGGAUGAGGACAAGGAUGCUGAUGCUGGGGAUAACGGCAAGACUGCUAAUAUGCCGAGCACUCCUUCAUCAAAAACUAGUGAGGAAAAUGAAGAAAAUGAUGGAAGUGAAUCUGAAGGAGUUGAUACUGAAACUGCUGACAAGUCGAGAGAAGAAGAUGUGGAGGAUGGAACAAGCCGAGGAGUUGAGUGUGAAGCUGCUAACAAGCCGAGCUAUGAAGAAAAUGAUCUCAACUUACAUUUCUUUUCGUUUUCCAUAAGUAUUACUCCUCCGUCAAAGACAAAUAAAAUCUUUGAAGAUCAAGAACAUUAUGUGUACCUUGAUGACCAAAAUGUGAUGGAUGCAACUCAAACUGCUGAACAAUCAUUUGAUGAAGCUACAAUAAUCGCAGUUCAAGCCAUAUCUCAGUUGAGUCCUGAAGGCAUGCUGCCGGUUAAAGAAAAUGUGCUUUUACUCACACAGGGAGAAGAUCCAGGGACGACACCUUAUACGACAAAGGAAGAAAUGGAUGUCAUUUUACAGAACUUGUCUGAAACUGUGUUUGUGAAGCUUGAAAAAAGUUGUUACAAAACUGCACCACCUGAAGUGAAGGAAAAGAUGGCAACCAUGAUCCGUAACGAUUGUCCGAGAUUUUCAUUGUUGAGCCAACAUGAUCCUAAAGAAGAGUCAUCGUUGUUGAUGGUGGAUUUUUGA